GAGACUGACUCCAUCAUCUCCCUCACACCCUACAAAUAUAAUUCGUCUCUCACUUUUCCUUUUUCUUCCUUUCCUCUUAUUUGAUCUAUUUUCUUCAACGCCCAUUUCCAUCACUCUCAUCACAAAUAACAGAAGCAACUACAACUAUACACCAUCUCAAUCUCAUUUCAAUAGUGCCGACAUCGUUAACUCCUCUUCAAGCUCCCGUUCAUCCUUGCCUGUAUUCUAUUCCAACUCGCACGGUCUUGCUUUGCCCUGACACUUCCUAGACAUUCACAUUCACAUUCACAUUCACAUUCACAUUCACAUUCACAUUCACAUUCAGGCACAUCCACUUCACCCUAGUAAUCCAAAGCAGCUCAUCCGCUACUCAAUUCGAUCGAACUGACAGCUUCCUUGUCAUCAUGGCCUACGACUCGCCUUCGCCUCCAGACUCAUCCGAGCUGUUGGCUCCAUCGCUCUGUCUGAACCCUGAUGCCUUGGAGGAUUUAGCACCUGUCCAACCAACGAAGGAGAAUCUACUUCCAGAAUCAUUUCCAACCCUCAAUUGGUCUGAACAAUCAUCUGCUGACCACAAAGCUGCUAAAGCAGAAAAACGUCUGUGUUACCGCCACAGACCUGACUUGCGAUCUAAGCGAGCGGCAGACGAGAUCCAACUUGAUCAAUUGCAACAGGAUAUCAAACGAUUGCCUCAGCAGGAUCAACAAAUCAUCUCUCAUAUCUGGUCUCUGUUUGGCUCUGCACCAGCACCCCAUCGCCAGUUGGUUCUUAGUGGCCUACUGACUCAAUGCUGCGUGCCCCAACUCUCGUUCCUCUCUAACCACCUCCAACCACUACUCCGAAUUGACUUCCUUUCCAUCACUCCACCUGAAAUAGCGUUUCGCAUUCUUUCAUAUCUUGAUGCAACAUCGCUUUGCCAUGCAGCACAGGUAUGCAAAAGCUGGAAGCGUCUAGCAGACGACGACGUGGUCUGGCAUCGCAUGUGUGAGCAACAUAUCGGACUCAAAUGCACGAAAUGUGGAUGGGGUUUACCUUUGUUGGAUAAAAAGAAGGCUAAAUCAAAACGAUUGCUGGAGCAACAGCACCAACCCCCACAGCCCCCACCACAGCUACAACCCCAAAACAGCUCACAAUCAGAAAGUGCGCUAGCAGCCGCUGACGAGAGCGAUCAUGAUGACCAAGAACAUAUAAACGGUCACCAAGGCAAUAGUGAUGUUAUGCCAUCUCAUCCUUCUCCACCUAGUUCCACAUCUUCUCUCUCUCCAACAGAAGCUUCCCCAUCAUCUGGCUGGCCCAACAAACGCUCCGUUUUAUCCGAUGAAAACGAUAUCGAGGCGGGAUGUUCUCAGAAGCGUGCUCGGCAUAAUCUACAUUCUCCUUCGCCUGGGAAAUCUAGAUCUAAAACUUCAACGCCAUUGUUUCAAUCUCCAGAACCGCCAGCGAAGACUGAGACGCCCACAAAGAGGCCUUGGAAAGAGAUUUAUUCCGAACGUUUGAUCGUUGAGAGAAACUGGCGGAAACGUAACUACCGACUUAAGGUUUUUAGAGGCCACACGGAUGGCGUGAUGUGUUUACAGUUCGAUGAGUCUUUUCUUAUUACUGGAUCUUACGACAAUACUGUCAAGGUCUGGAAUAUCGAAACAGGUGAAUGUCUUCGGACCUUGAGAGGCCACGCCCUUUGCGUGCGUGCGCUCCACUUUGACGAGGCUAAGUUGAUCACAGGCUCGAUGGAUAGGACGCUCAAGAUUUGGAAUUAUCAUACAGGCCAGUGUAUUCGCACCCUACAGGGACAUACAGAUGGUGUUGUCACCUUGGACUUUGAUUCCCGCAUUCUUGCCUCUGGAUCUGUAGAUGCGACCAUCAAGAUUUGGAACUUUGCUACAGGCGAAUGCUCAACUUUGAAGGGACACUGUGACCUAGUCAACAAGGUACAGAUAUACAAGAAAAAGCUACUUGUAUCAGCCAGUGAUGAUACGACGGUCAAAUUGUGGGACAUCGCCUCGAGGACAUGUCUUAGAACGUUCACAGGACAUGUGGGACGAGUUCAAUGCUUGCAAACAUCUGGAGAUGCCUUGAUCUCAAUCAUUGUAGAGCGUAUGCAGAACAGACCACAAGACGGUCCAUCAUCUUCACAAGGUCGAACUGGCGGAGUGCCAACUACAGUAUGCAGUAUCAACCGUUCUGGGGUAGUUGAGAAUAAUUUGCCAUCGCCGCUUCAUGAUCCCAGCUCUGACGUAGAAACUAGAACCAUGAUGCCAAUUAUUGUCACUGGUGGCCUUGAUAACACACUCAAAGUCUGGGAUGUCGAAUCGGGUGAAUGUCUCAACACGCUAUUUGGUCAUGUAGAAGGUGUAUGGUCCUUAGCAUUUGAUAAGCUACGGAUUGUGUCAGGCAGCCUGGAUAGGACGAUCAAGGUGUGGGAUACCGAGAGUGGUCGAUGCCUCUAUACUCUCACGGGUCAUGAAGGUCCUGUUACUUGCAUUGGUCUUGGUGACACUCGCAUUGUGAGUGGCUCGGACGAUGGAGUUGUCUUUGUCUGGGACUAUGGGGUCCGUACAUAAAACGGAUGUCAUAGCUACUUCCAUCUUUUGAUUUUAUUGUCUUUAUACCUCUGUUGAUAGCAUUCUUCGCAUUCUUGUAAAAAAACUCUUUGUAUCAAUACUCACGUGACUGAAGCGACGUGACUGCCGCCCAGCCCUCAAAACAAUCGAUCAAAUAAAUUUCCCUUUUGGCCU